AAUCACUGCUGUCAGAUAAUCAAAUGGCACAACAUGACCAAGUUUUCCUUUAUCACUUUCAGAGCAACAUAUUUGAGUCUCCAGUAAUCCUAACUUGCAUUGUUUUGGAGUAUGGAAAGAAGACAGAGUACCCGGUAUUCAGGUAAACAAGGAAAAACGUUUUGUUUUUCUUUAGUUUGUUGUGUCUUGUGAAACUGGUAAGUAGGUAAGGGACAGAAAGUCAUACGUAACAGCCAUAACAUAACUUCCAGACUAACAACAAUUGGGGCACCUCACGUUCUGGCCUUUGUACCACUUAAUCUCCGCCAUACGUCAGCUAGUACAAUUUUGGCCAAGUUUGCACAUAAAAGGUAAAAAACAAUUAUCAGAACUCGGGAGAGCAGGAUCAGUCAGUCAAGAGUGGCUUUCCUUCGCUGGAGAGUGUGUGGACUUUUAAAAGUUGCAAAACAGGCAGGGGGGAGGGGUGGAGUCGUUAAUCACAAAUCCCAUACUAAGGAAAGUAGAUCAGCAGCAAGGCCUUUUGCGGGUCGCAUCGACCUGGCAUGAAGGCCACGUCACCAUAUUUGUCGAUGUAAACAUGACACCCAUAGUAAAAAAAAAAAAAAAAUGAACACGUCCAUGCAAUUUGAUUCUUCAAGCAAAAAACCUGGCACACUAACUCAGUUUUUCCUCCCCAAGUUCACUCGAGGCCUGCAUUGUUUACGGAAUGAUCCCUUUGACUGUGCGAACCUGAAGUACGUUUGAAACUGUUUUCACAUGUUGAGAUUUCAUAAGAUUCAGAUAGACUUGCUCAGGGACAACUGCUUUAAAUAAACAAAUCAGGGUCCUUCUGUAGAGUAGUUUGCUUUGUUCCUUAUCUCAGUUUCAAGGUCUUGGUUCAGUCCACAUUUGUGCAAAACAAUUGUUUUUCAUUUGUCAAAACGGAACCCAUUUAAUUAAAAAUUUAAAAUAGGGAAAAAAAAGUUAGCCGCAAAUUUUUAAUCAAAAUAAAAAUAACACCUCACGGCAAAAAAAGUUUUUCUUUUAGGAAACAUUUGUGGCUUUUGUUUGGCUCUGAAGAAAGAGGCAGGGAGAGGUUGUUGAAACGAAAGCCUAAGUGGUUUGCGUCACUAGAAUUAUUUUCUUGUUACACCGGUUUCAUUGCCAAUUCACCUGCUGCCAGACACUUAUUGCCAGUCAUGACGACAAAGGUGGAGCUGCACUGUGAUUUUCCGUGGAACCAAUGCGAUUAGCGAGCGGGGCUUUUAUUUCUGACUAGCUUCUUGACCUUCACUUAAACGGUGAAAUGAAACGUUCCAUUUAGAUGACCGGGCAACAGACCGCAUUCAGGUUGAUGCUUCCUUAUGUUAUUUCAUCCUCUCAUCAUCAUCGUCAUCAUCAUUUGCUCCCUCCCUCGCGCUCUGUCCAAUUGGUCUUAUUUGCUCUCCUCUUGUGCUCACAUCACUAAAAGUGGCGAGCACAGACAGCAACAGGAAACGUCGGCCCUUAAUUUGUGUUGGAGUGGGAAAGGUUGUGCUGGUUGGCGCCCAUGAGGCGCUACAAAACCGAAGGGCUAAAAUGGAGGAACUGGAGAAUCCUUCUUUAGUGCUCACCCAAGUCAAAGAAAACCCGUCGGCUUCAACGGUCAACAGGUCCUGCGAGAACCUGGAAUUCUACAUGGUCCUAAUCGCGGCAGAGAAGACGGCCAUCGGUUCCAUCUGUUUCCUAGCCGGGCCCAUCACGCUGCUGGAGAAUGCCGUCAUCCUCGGAUUGAUCGCCGCCACGAGCUCGCUGCGCCAGCGUCCCUCCUACAUCUUCAUCGGCAAUCUGGCGCUGGCCGACGUCUUUGCCAGCUGCUUCUUUACCACCAGCUUCCUGGACUUCCACCUGUUCCGCCGCUGCGACGGCCCUACCGCUUACCUCUUCAAGCUGGGCGGAGUCACCAUGGCCUUCACCAACUCGGUGGGCAGCCUGCUGCUGACCGCCCUGGACCGCUACCUAUGCAUCCACCGGCCGGCCGGCUACAAGGCACUGCUGACUCGGCGUCGAGCUCUACUGGGGUUACUCGCCCUCUGGAGCGCCACUGUCUUCAUCUCGACGCUGCCGUUGAUGGGCUGGACGUGCCCCACUGGAUUGGCAUCGCCGUGCUCCCACCUCUUCCCCUACAUCAGUCGGGGCUACCUGGCCUGCUGGACCAGUUUCAUUCUGGUCCUCCUGGUGCUCAUCCUGGGUGCUUACGUCCUGAUCCUGUGGAAAGCCCACCGCCACGAGGCCUCCUUAAGCAACCUCCAGGGGGCGAUGGGGCCAGGCCACGCCCGCAUGAGGAUGGAUAUCCGGCUGGCGCGCACCUUCGGCCUGAUCCUGCUCACCCUGGUGGGCUGCUGGCUCCCAGCGCUCUCCUUCAUGCUGGCCGACGUGGCUGUGGAACUGAGCCGCACCCAGCAGCGGGCGUUCGCCUUCUGCAGCACCCUGUGUCUCCUCAACUCGGCCGUCAAUCCCCUACUCUAUGCCCUGCGCUGCCGGGAGCUCAGACUGGCCCUGCUGCACCAAGUUAAGGUCCUCAGCCAGGCCGCUCGGUGUAAGAAGGCCACUGCGGGGGAUUCAGACCAAAGAGCACCAUCAAUGGAGAACUGUAGCACACAGGAACUACCCGGAAACUCUCAAUUUUGCUCAGUAUUGGAACUAACAGACAAGCAGUAGCAACUGGAUAUUAGGACACUAAAACGCAGGGCUCGGUAGUAGUUCUCAAAGAAUAAAAAAAGAGAUCCAAAGUCAAACGCUGCUUGCGGCGUAAGGGUCACAAUCUUAAGUCGCUAACGUUAGCUUAAACUGAACUAAUGAAUUUAGAAAUGUGAGGGUGAGGGGGAAUCCAGCUUCAUACUGAGAGAAACAGAGUAGAUUUUCAGGUAGUUCAGUGUCUUCUGGGUCACAAAUGGAUUUUGGUGGUGCCGAAAUGGAGCAGAUUGAACCCCAGCGAGUUUCACUGUGAUUAAGUGUUAUAUUGUCAUGUAUGACUUUGUAAUUGUCGUGGAGUACAAUGUUUUGUUUUCUAGGUAUGUGAUGACAUGAUGGUAUGCUUGUGUGUAUAAGAGCUUGGGGGUGUGGUGUGUGUAUUUUAGGCGGGGGCAGUUAUACAAACUGCAAGUGAAGGCCACAAAGGCUCCUAUGCAGAGGGGGAUUUAAAUGGGGCACAUGCCAGAAGAAAAGACUGCUGGGGGUGGAGGGUGGGGGCAAUACACCACUAGAGCAUUCUUUUGUUUUGAAUAAAGGGG